AUGGCAGAUUUUGGGCUGUAUUCGUACCAGGAAGAAGUGGUUGAAAGGGCUCUACGGGGAGAGAACAUAAUCAUUUGGCUGCCGACGGGAGGUGGAAAAACACGCGCGGCUGUGUACGUGGCCAAAAAACACCUGGAGUCCAAACCGAACGCAAAGGUGGUGGUCCUCGUAAACAAGGUUCACCUGGUAGACCAACAUUACAGCAAAGAGUUCAAGCCUCACCUGGGCCAUGACUACACCUUGGUGGCAGUCAGUGGAGAGACUGGAGAGAAGGACUUCUUCGGGAAAGUGGUCCAGAAGUCAGAUGUGGUCAUCUGCACCGCACAGAUCUUGUAUAAUGCUCUGACUAACAUGGAGGAAACCAAACACAUUGAGCUCUCAGAUAUUACUCUACUGAUAAUUGAUGAGUGUCACCACACCAACAAGGAGUCAGUCUACAACAAGGUCAUGGGAUACUAUAUGGAGAAAAAGUUAAAAGGAGAGCGACCGUUGCCACAGAUCCUGGGUCUCACUGCAUCACCGGGAACAGGGGGCGCAAAGAUCCUGGACAGGGCUGUGGAGCAUGUUCUGCAGAUUUGUGCCAACCUGGACUCAGCCAUAGUUUCAACUAAACACUAUGCCCCCGAGCUGAAGGAGAAAGUACCCAGACCCAGGAAGACGUUUGACAUUGUGGAGAAAAGGCCUGAGGAUCCAUUUGAGGAUCAUCUGAAGUGGAUGAUGCAGCUGAUCCAUGAGUACAUGAACAUACCUCCAGAUUUCAAACUGAGAGAGUGUGGCACACAAGACUAUGAGGCAGAUGUGGUGAAUCUAGAGCGGCGAGGAGUACAAGACGACAACAGACUGCUGGCACAAUGUGCACUCCACCUCCGAAAGUACAGCGACGCCCUGCUCAUCAAUGACACCCUGCGAAUGAUGGAUGCUUUUGGCUCCCUAGAACAGUUCUACCAGAACGUCCCUGAAAUUGAUGGAACAGACUUCUUCCUCGUCGGACUUUUCAAUGAGAAUAAGGCGGAGCUAAAGAAAUUUGCAAUGGAUUCUCGCUAUGUGAACCCGAAGAUGGUCCAACUUGAGAGCACUCUGCUAAAACAGUUUGGUCCAAGUGUGCAAUCAAGAGGAAUCAUCUUCAGUAAAACUCGUAAAAGCACCCGCUGCCUACAUGACUGGGUCUCCACCAACAGAGCCUUAAAGGAAGCUGGCAUCAAGGCAGCCAUUCUCACUGGGGCUGGCAGUGGCAUCGGUUACAUGACACAGAAUGAGCAGGCAGACACGAUCCGCAACUUCCGCGAGGGUUCUCUCAACCUCCUGAUCUCCACCAGUGUGGCUGAAGAAGGCCUUGACAUCCCUGAAUGCAACCUGGUGGUACGCUAUGGACUGCUUACAAAUGAAAUUGCCCAGCAGCAGGCCAGUGGCCGUGCCCGGGCAAGAGACAGUCAGUAUUCAGUGGUCGCCCAGAAAGGGGGACGGGAAGUGCAGCGGGAGCUCACCAACGAAUAUCUGGAAGAGCUGACUGGAAAGGCCAUUGCCAAGGUCCAAGAUAUGAGACGUGAAGAGUUUCAGAGAAAGAUAACUGAGCUACAGACAGAGGCAGUAAUUAGCAGGAAAGUUGCAGAGAAAACCAAAACAGCGAGGAGGAGUCGCAACUUGGCUGCUAAUGUCCAGCUCUUGUGUCGCAGCUGUUUCAAGCCUGUGGCCUCUGGCAGUGACAUUAAACUUGUUGACAACGUGCACUAUGUCAACGUCAACCCUGACUUUAAGAGACACUACAAAGUCGGUGGGCAGGUGAUGCUGGAAAGGACUUUUGAGGACUGGGAGCCUGGACAUACAAUCAGCUGCAGUAACAGAGGCUGCACCAAGGACUGGGGAUUUGAGAUGAAGUACAAGAAAAUUGCCAUCCUGCCCAAUCUCGCCAUCAAGAACUUUGCCAUGGAGACCCCUGAUGGCAGGACUACUGUGAAGAAGUGGAAGGACAUCACUUUCCCUGUUGAGGAGUUAGACUUUGCACAAUACUGCGAAGACAACUUCCCUGACAUAUUUGAUUGAGACACCAGUAAGAGAAAUCGGUGUGGGGUUCUUUUCUUCUUCUUCACAUGUCAGUUUUUAUCUGUUUUUUCACUCCAGAGCUCAUUUAGAGAAAACCAUCAUUGUACUGUUAACGGUGCUUCGAAAUGAACACAUUCUUUUCAAAAAAAUCCCUUCACAUGUGCCUGCAUUCAUUUGUGCUGCUGGGCCAGUGAGGCAGCAGUGUGCUAAAACCCAUUACGCAUCGAUCAUGCUUGAAAUUAGCAUGACAGCUUUGUUUAUGCCCAAGGUCCUAACUCCCUUUGCAUGUUUUUGUGUGUACUGCCUCUGCUUCUUCUUAAGUCAUGCACAGAAACAAAGCACAAAAUCAACUCAGAUGUAACAUGAACCUAUAACAAUCACGAACACUUGACAUGUCAUCACCAAGAUGAUUCCUCACAAACUCUCUUUUAACUGUUUUAAAAUGCUUUUAAUUAGCAGCUACAUUUUUACAGUGGAUGCAGUUGAUACAUGUGUUUGUUCCUGUAGUAUGCAGAUACUGUGUAUGUACUGGUCAUUCAAAUGUUUUACAGGAGGUUAGUUUUAACAGUAUUUUAGCAUUAUAUAGCUUUUAUUUAAGUUCAUUUGACUUUGUUUCUGUAUACUUUUUAUGACGAGCAAUCAUGGCCGAUGUAAAUUAACUAAAACGAAUGCUGAGAUGGAAUUUAAAUAAACAUUCCUCUUGAAAUGCCCA